UAGCAUUACGUGUGUGUCGUGUGAAAAUCUCAGCUCGUUCAGAUUUUUCGCUAUUCAAUUUUCUUAUAUCCAAAAUGUAUACGCUGACUGAUUUAAUGGAAAAGCUACCAUUUUUAUCUCUGCUGGCCAACGAAUAAUACAUAUUACGAACUGACAAUUAUUAAUUUAAUAUGUAACAAUCGAUAAACAUCCUACAGAUAUACGAUAUUGAAAAAUUGUAACUCAGUUUUUUUUACAGAAAGUGUAUUCAUCAUGCUGUAUCUAAUAUUGGAUGUGAAAUAGUGGUGAUGACUUUGUAAUUAUGAAGAUGCGUCGUACUCGCAUAUGAGUGAAGAGAUAAAAUUGGGUGCAUUAGUGGCAAUAAGAUUUCUGAUUGACAGUUUUAUGAUCUCCAUGUAGGUCCUGGGUUGGGUAGUAAUGCUAUUUAGCUAACGCAAGCAAAAAAUUGAGCAUACACCAAACCGUUUGUGACAGUGUUAAAGAGAGUUGACAUAUAUCACUGUGUUUUCAAAGACUGACAUGAUAGUAAUCAAUACAAAAGGAUAAUAAUCGAUUUGCAGAUACACACCAUCACAGCUGGCUGUUUCUUUUCUAGAUGACAAAAAGAUGAAACUCAGACGCUGAGUUCCCGGUCACACCAAACGUCUCCGAGAAAGCAAAGAAACAUUUUCGUUCCCGCGUACGACCAUUAUUACUGGUGCCUUCACCGAAAGCAAUCGUACCAGUAUGAAAAGAGUUCCGAUAUUAUGCAGAAAAUUCCAACGCCAUACCACGUCGGUCAAGAUGAAGUUCAUUUUACUUCAUGCUCCAUUCAUCCGAGCCACCAGCACCUAAUACAGCUCAGCUCAGAGCCACUGUUUAUUGUUUCAGGCAAAGAAAGUUUUAUCAGUACAAUACAAUUGAUGUGUCAUUUUUUCCUAUGCUUCGUGGUGAGUAGUGCUACCUCUAGAGUAAAUCUGGUUUACACCCAUCAAGACAAGGCAUCUAACGUCGUUGCUCACCAUUCUCAUGAGAAGGAACAACUACAAUGCUUCAAGAAUAUAUUAAUCAAAGUCUACAUUCUUCUUCAAAGAAUAGCGCUGAUAAUUUCACCCAUCUUCACAUCUGUGAAUACAACUAUUAAGUUACACUCAUCGAGAAACAAUGAACUCUGCUGUUUUGUCUUUAAUAAACUCCAACCUUCUGAAUACUUCUCAUUAGUAUUUAAUACAGCAACAAAACCAGAAGAAUUUACAGCAGUCACCAAAAUAUACGACGAAAUAUCACAGGAACCGAAAAAUAAGGUAGCUUUAAUAUCAGAAGUAGUAGUGCAAGGAUGCAAGAAUUGUAUAGUUCAGGAAAUGUAUUCAAGAACUACCAAAUGUCAAAAACAAUAUGUACAGUACGAAAAACCAUUUUCUACUAACUAUAAAAUUCAACAUCAUGAGCUAAUCGUUAAUAAGCAGCACAAAUAUAUUGUGGAUGGAAUUGAUUACAUGCGUAAGAAAUUUACAAUAAAUAUUUACAAGGACUCUUCACGAAACUAUGACGUCUCCAAUACCAUUGAUUGGAUAGAUAUUAAGAUUUACAAAGCCAACAAUUGCAAUAACAUCUGUAAAAUAGCUUGGACUUGUCACUACAAUUGUGAGCAUCACAAGAAAACAAAGUUAUCAAUGAACGUCGGAAUUAGUGACAAUUUACUCGUCUGUAUAUGUACAACGCGGACAACGGAGAGAACCCCUUUGUACCACAAAACAGAAAAUGGUUCCUGUUGUAAAGUUGAAACUUUAUGCAGGAUUCUCAAAACGACAACCAAAAUGUUUGCGAUGACAUGGAUGCUGUUUCUGGUAAGGAGAUGGAAAAACAUGACUCUAAAUCUACAAAUGUUGCUUAUUCUAUCGCUAUGUAUACCGAUAGUAUCAUCGUCGUACCAGAAUAAUAAAUACAGCACCAACAUUAUCAAAACAAAGUACGGACCUUUGAGAGGCAUCGUGAUGCACUCAAAUCCCAUUGUAGAAGCAUUUCUUGGAGUACCAUAUGCCUCACCUCCAGUGGGGAGCUUACGGUAUAUGCCACCAGUAACACCAUCGACGUGGAAAACUACAAAACUGGCUGACAAUUUUUCACCCGUUUGUCCACAAGCGCUUCCAAAAUUACAGUAUGGAAAUGACGGUCUAUUUGAGCACCCUCGUGGUCGUCUGGCUCAUUUGAGACGUCUUCUACCAUUACUGUCCAACCAAUCUGAGGAUUGCUUAUAUCUUAAUCUAUACGUACCACGAUCUGGCGAAUCAGUCGAUCCCGAUGGAACAUCAAAAGCCACUAUAGUGUAUAUCCAUGGCGAAUCAUACGAAUGGAACUCAGGCAAUCCAUAUGACGGUUCCUUGAUGGCAGCUGAUGGAAAUGUGAUCCUUGUUACGGUUAAUUUUAGGUUAGGUAUCCUAGGUUUUAUGAAAACAGGAGCAAAGAGUAGUGCCCAAGGAAAUUUUGGAUUGAUGGAUUUGGUAGCUGCACUACAUUGGCUGCGGGAAAAUCUCUCAGCAUUCCAUGGCGAUCCAUCGCGAAUUACAUUGAUGGGUCAUGGGACAGGUGCUGCAUUAGCCAACAUUUUAGUUGUAUCCCCUGUAGCUAGUGAUUUAAUUCGACGGGUAAUUCUAUUAAGCGGUUCCGCUCUAUCACCUUGGGCUAUCCAAAGGGAUCCAUUAGCAAUAAAACAAAUGGUUGCCAAUCAAACCACAUGCAAACUUGAUUUACUAUCCGACGACUUAGCUCCGUGCUUAAGGACUAAAUCAGUCUCCGAACUACUUAGAAUAACUCCUUCAAAUCCAAGAUUUCUACCCGGAUAUGCACCUUUCGUGGAUGGUACAGUAAUUAUUAAUCCCAGAACAACAAACGUUCGUCUACCUACAUUGCCAUCGGGUUCAGCAAUUACAAGCACAACUGGAAUCGAAUUUGCAAAUUUUCCGGCAAGCGAGUUAUUGUUUGGAUUGACGUCUUAUGAAUCAUACAACGACCUUAGUGCUCAAGAUUUGGAGUUUGGCUUUAAUGAAACACGAAGAGACCGCAUUCUACGAACAUACGUACGAAAUGUGUUUCACUUUCAUUUGAAAGAAAUUUAUUCAUCAUUAAGGAAUGAGUACACCGAUUGGGAGCAUCCGCCUAGAAAUCCACUAGGACAUCGUGACACAAUUCUCGAACUAUUGAGUGACGGUCAUACAGCUGCACCACUAGUGCGGUUGGGUUAUUUACAUAGUCUUCAGGAAGGGAAAUCAUAUUUUUUACAUUUUAGACAUCAAUCCGACGAACGUGACUUUCCUCAGCGUGGAGGUUCCGUUCGUGGUGAAGACGUGCCUUUCACUUUUGGACUUCCACUAUCACCAUUAUUUCCGUCUAACUAUUCACACGACGAGAAACAGAUAAGUCGAAUAUUAGUUCAGUAUCUGACAAACUUCGCCAAGACAGGCAUGCCAAAUGGACUGAAAUCUUCAAAUGCCAUGGAUAAAUCCGAUAUAAGUCAUGGCAGUGCACGAAAUUUUCACAAUAGCAAAAACAACCAUCGCUACAAACGAUCGAACUACAAAUUUUCUCUACGUAAAGAUCAAAUAUCACUUUUCCUAAAUAACAGGCUCUUAAAGAGUCUCUACCGAAGCAGUUUGAACAAUAGUGAAUUCAAUGUUGAAAGUGCUGAUAUAUAUCAGAACAAUAACGACAACGAUAGUUGGGAUGACACUAUAAAUUCAAUGGCUGAUGAACCCGAUGACAAUGAAGCUAUGCGAGAUAGUUCUGGAAUUGUGGGACGAGAACAAUUCAAUGAUAACGAUAGUAAUGAUAGCAGCGAUGGUAACGAUCGAUUCGAUGAUGUGGAGAAAAAAGCGAUACUAAAACUGGAAAACUGGGAAAUGUAUGAUUCCAUCAACCAGAUUUACCUGGAGAUAGGUAAGUCUGGGUGCAGUACAGUGUCGCGAAGCCAUUACCGUGGACAUAAGUUAUCAAUGUGGUUGAGUCUCAUACCACAGUUGCACUCAUUCGAUGAUGCAGCGUAUCUUCCUAUGCGACAUCAUCACUUCACUGAUGAUAAACCGGAGUAUUUUGAUGGAAGGUUGAAGGAACCGCCAAAUAUAACGCUACCAAGGCUUAUCACCAUAGCUAAAUCAACAACAAAGCCGCAUAAGACUGAAACAAAUGUUGUAACAUUUGCACAAACAGUACCAACAGAAUGCCCACCAAACAUGACCAUAAUGCCACCAGUCGCUGCAACGUAUCCGCAGCGAAACCAGAUGAACACAGCAGAAAGUAGCAAAGAUAUCAUCAAUCAAAUGUCUGAUUCACAGUAUCAGAACUACUCUACAGCAUUUAAUAUCACCAUCGGAGUGGGAUGCUUUCUGCUGCUACUGAAUGUCAUUAUUUUCACUGCUAUAUACUACCAGAGAGAAAAACAUGCAAACCUUAACAAGCAAAAGGAAAUCAAUGCGGCAGAGGAGGCAACACAUGUUACACUAUCAUCUUUGGACGACAGAUUCGAACAACAAAAGAUCCUCAGGGAUAUUGAGACUGACACGGUUAGGGCUAAGUUCAACCCAAAUUUGCAGAGCGUAUCUGGCGAAGCAUCGUUCAACGAAUACAUGUGCAAUGAUCAUACUGGAACGAAAAAAAAAUGCAUCAUCGUAGAUGUUUGUAGUUCAGAACUAUCCCUUAAAGAGUAUCCCUAUGCGUCACCAAGAGGAUCAACUACUGGCAGCAUGCGAAGAUCUAUAACACCAGAAACCUACAAGAAUUUAUCGCGUGAAAAUCUCACAUCUGUACCUCAAGCUUAUUCGUCGCAACCUUCAUCAAUGUCAGACUCAUCAUCCAAUACAGUCAGUACGUGCCAACAGAUGCGACAAAAUGCCACAACCACUACAGGCAGCCAGUGUACGCAAUCCGAACAAACAUGUCUACCAGAAACACAAGAAAUAGGUACUACCGUGAACGAGGUUGAUCUAGAAUUUAACUCCAUGAUGCUGGAAACAACACAUACUAGCCGUUCCGUGGGAUUUCAAGGAGGCAUUCUACGACAGCAAACAGGUUCCAUCAUUCAUGGAACUACCAAAAAACGUGUUCAAAUACAGGAAAUAUCUGUAUGAUGUACAAAGCAGAUUGUUCUUCCGAAAAUCGAAAUCUUAACAAUACGAUUUCUGCGCUUUCAAUACGUGAAGCGUUUACAAUAAUCGAUAAAUAAAUGUAAAUAAUUGUA